UCGCAAAAUUAACGUUGAAAAAUUUAGUAUGGCGUCAGUGCACGAAGCAGCUGCUUACGGUUUUGAAAUUAUACAAAUUUGCGACACAACUAGACCACAGGAAAAAGAUUAAGUAUAUUUAUUAACGAGACCAAAGUCAAGUGGACUUGAGAUACUUUAAAUAACAUAUAAAUUUCAAAAUGACGAAUGUGUCGGAGUUGAGAAUGAACGUAGCGGCUCUAAAAAGAGUUGACCCCUACGUCAAGGAUAUUCUGGAGACCGCGACUCAUGUUGCACUGUAUACUUUUAAUGCUGAGACCAGCGAAUGGGAAAAGACUGAUGUCGAGGGGGCUCUAUUUGUUUAUUCGAGAAGUGGAGAACCCUAUAACAGUUUCCUGAUCAUGAAUAGAUUGAACACGAAAAACCAAGUGGAGCCAGUAACACGAGGUCUAGAUUUACAAUUACACGAGCCUUUCCUGCUGUACAGAAACUCAAAAUGUGAUAUUCACGGCAUCUGGUUUUACGAGAAAGAUGAAUGUGUGCGCAUAGCAGCGAUGUUGAACAAACUCGUAAAAGAUUCCGAAAAUACGGGCAAAGCUCUGCCGAAAGUAAAAGCUGUGCAGCGCAAUCCAAAUAAUGUAGAUAUAUUCAGCAUGCUAAGUAAGGCGCAAGAAGAUUUUAAUAUAAAUCGAGGAGGAAAUGGAGAAAGUGGAGUAGGUUCUAGGUCUCCAAUGAGCAGCGUCAAUAAUGACAUUCCUGGACCUCUAUCAGCACCUUUAGGACCUGAUGUUACUUCGCAAAGUGUAAUGGACUUCUUUGCAAAAGCAAAGGUAAAUCCCAUGCAUUUCAAAGCUGGGGACCAACCAACUCCUGUGCAUGAAAGCAAACCCCUUCUGGCGCGGUUAAUGUCUCAUCCUGCCGCACAUACGCUGGAACAUAUUGAGAAGCAGCAGAGAUCCACGACGCCGCAGCCAGGACCGCCCUCUCACCACCAUAUGACAACAACGCCCAUGACGAUCACUGCGAACGACAUCGGAAACUUAUCCGUGUCAAAUAGGUCCAAGAAAAAAAACAAAAUGAUCUCUCAACUGGAUCCUAUUCUUCCCGCGCCGAAUGUUGUUCAGGAUCUUCCACAAUCGAUCAGCCAGAACGAAUCAAACGACUCGAGCUUUUUGAGGAUACAAUCGCCUGUGAACACUACUCUAUUGAAUAAUCAUCACACUAAUCAUAUUCUCGGAUCGGCUGGAGCAAAUUCUCUGGCUUCUCUCUUUGGACAAACAGCAGCAAGUGGGGUGACAGAAGACGUAAUAAGUUCACCGAUGACGCCAAGACAACCAACAGGUUCAGGAACAAGUUCAGCACCUGCGUUAAUUCCACCAGUGAUGUUCGCAGCUCCCAGUCCGGCCGAACCCGUAAACAGACCCUUGGAGCCCCUGACAAGGAAUCAAUUGCUCCAAGCUUUUAAUUACCUUCUACGAAGUGAUCCCGACUUCGUCAACAAACUUCACGAAGCUUACGUAAAGUCAUUCAGCGAGAUUUUGUCCUAGGCAAAAAAAAAAGAAUCUAGUCAAGGAAGAACUGUUACCCGUCAAACGGGUUGUGUUGUCGGCAAACUAUAGCAGAUAAUUUGAAAUCAUUGGAACGAAGAAAAGCUUGCGCGCAUUCCUAUGUUACCCGCGAGUACGUAGGUCAAUAAUAGGUGUAACGAAUGACAUUGACGAUUCUGACUUACCAGCCAGCCGCUCGACUUCUAUGAUUGGAAGUAAAAGUAAAAAUAAAAGUAAAAACAACUGCAUACCUUAAACAGUAUUUUUAUAUAAUAUAAAUAUGUUUUUUCUUAAAGCAGAAGAAGGAAAGGUAUGAGUGGAGGGUGCCGUGAUCAUUUAUUAAAGUUUUUUUAAAAGCCUUAUCCACACAUUUGUUAUGAACACUGUUAAAGCGAAUGCUAGUUGAAAAAGAAAUUAGUUUUUACGUGACUCGAGGAACAAGGCGGGCGAAGAUUAUUAUUUUAAAAGAAUAGCCCUGCACGAUUUUAAAGUGUGAUGCCGGAAAAUGUUGGGGUGUUUUACGAUUGCUAUUUCGAGAUUAGGACGACAAUAAGGACAGAGGCAGUUGAGUUUUUUUAAGACUUGUCUUGGGAAAUAUUGAGUUGUCGAAACCGCAUAAUUCUUUUGUGAUAAGCAGAUGCAUGAGAUGUCGCACAGAAAUGUUGACUUCUGGGAAUGUGAGACUAAAGAAUUAAAAUGGUAGAGCCCUGAAAAUAUGUUGAUAAAUGGAUAUGACUUUUUUUUGUUAAAGUGUAAAGGACACGUGCGUUAAGUUAGUGGGAAUUGGAAUGAAGAAGAGAAUGGGAAUGGAUGAAGAGAAUAAAAACUCAGAUGUAAAAUCCUAGCAGUAUAUUUGAUUUUGGACUUGUUUUUCUUUUUCACAGUGGAUCAUCCUGAUGUACAGGCAAUGCAUAUUGUCAUGAAAUAAAGACGUGAUACGUGUCAAUAA